GGCCCCCUCGCCAGCCGCUCAAGACCCUCUUAGCAGAGCAGCCGGAACGCAAGCAGAAAAUGACGGAGGCACUGACGCCAGAGCUGAUCACGGAGUACAAGGGCAUCUUCGAGAUGUUCGACGAAGAAGGGAAUGGCUUAGCAAAAACGGAAGACCUGGAAAAAUUGAUGAGCCUGAUCGGUAUCAACCCGACCAAGAGAGAGCUGGUGAGCAUGGCCAAGGAUGUCGACAAAGACGGUAAGGCUCGAUCUAACUGCGAUGCGUUCCUGGUGCUAAUGGGUAUUUACCACGAAAAGUCUAAAAACCAGGACGAGGAGCUCCGAGCGGCCUUCAAGGUCUUUGACCAAGAACACAAAGGCUACAUUGAGUGGGACACGCUCAAGUAUGUGUUGACUAAUGCUGGAGAGCCACUGAAUGAACACGAAGCAGAACUGAUGAUGAAGGAAGCUGACAAGGAUGGAGACGGAACCAUCGAUUAUGAAGAGUUUGUGGCGAUGAUGACGGGUGAAUCCUUUAAACUGACACAAUAAAGCCUGU